AUGGGCUGCAACGGGUCGAAGCACGCGCUGCAUGGAGGAGGAGGUGUGGCGGCGCGGGCGCCAGGGUCGCGGAGGUACUCGGGCCUGGUGGGGCGGCACUCUGUCGCGCUGAGGUCGUCCACGCUAGGCACGCUCAGCCUCGACCGUGCGGCGGCGGCAGCCGCGGCCGCGGGCGUUUCUUUCGCCGCGGGCGGGGACGAGGGGAUGAUGAAGGCCGGCAACGACGGCGGCGGGUGGUGCCCGGCCACGCCGCCGGUGGUACUGCCGCCGAAGAGGCAGAGGCGUGUGGCGCCGCGGACGCCGAACAAGACGCCGAUGCGUGAGCCCGAGGAGAUCAACGUCUGGGAGCUCAUGGAAGGGCUCGAGAGCGACGACGAGAGCGAUCCUGAGAAGGAGCAGGAGGAAGAGGGCCACCACGUGGAGCGGAAGGUGCACUCGGCGCCCGGAUCGCCGGUGUUCGAUCCGGACAUCGUUGACGCGUUCCGCAAGGCGCUCGAUGAGCUGUCACCUAAGUCACCUUCUUGUGACGUCGUUGCACGCAACGGAGCCGAUGCCAAGAAGGUUGAAAUCCAAAUGUUCCCGGGCAUCGUGCGGGAACGGGUCAGCGUGCUCCAAGAAAAUAUCGAUGCCAAGCUAGCGAAGAUGGCAACACCGCGGCCGCCGCCGCCACCACCGCCGCCGGAGAGCACGCGGCGGAUCGUGGUGUACCUCACCAGCCUCCGCGGCAUCCGUCGGACGUACGAGGACUGCUGGUCCACGAGCGCCAUCCUGCGUAGCUACGGCGUGCGCGUCGACGAGCGCGACCUGUCGAUGCACGCCGGGUACAAGGACGAGCUCCGCGCCGUGCUGGGCGGCACCGUCCACGGCGGGCUCCCGCAGGUUUUCGCGAACGGCCGGCACCUGGGCGGCGCCGGGGAGGUCCGCCGCAUGCACGAGACCGGGGAACUGGCAAGCGCCCUCGAGGCUUGCGAGAUGGCACCGGGCGGCGCCGGCGCCGCGCUGGAGGCGUGCGUCGGCUGUGGCGGCUUACGGUUCAUGCCAUGCGACGUCUGCUCGGGAAGCUGCAAGGUGUUCGUCGUGGAGGGCGAGGAGGGUGCCGGCGCGUUCAGGAGGUGCCCCGAGUGCAACGAGAACGGGCUAGUGAGGUGUCCCGUUUGCUAGCGGAGUUGUGAAACAUUCGAAUUUGUACGAAAUUUUUGUGUGCCGGCCCUUUCCUCGAGGUGUUCCAGAAUUUUUUUUCUCAUUGACCACUUGUACAGAUGAAGAGAAAACGCAAAUCUGCAGCUCUCUUUGGAUUGCAGUGACACAUUCCUCGUUUAGGCCAGAAGCAGAAGGAAUCGAUUAUUUCAGCGUGAAGCAGAAUAGAAAUUCUGAUCACCAGCUAGUAAACUACUCACAUUACUGCACGGAGAUCGGCCAUUUUGUGC